AUGCCUAGCUAUGUUAAAUUUUUGAAAGACAUACUCAAUAAAAAGAGAAGACUGAGUGAAUUUGAGACCGUGUCUUUGACAAAGGAAUGUAAUGCCCUUUUUACUUGCAAAAUUCCCCCAAAAUUAAAAGACCGGAGAAGUUUCACCAUCCCGUGUUUAAUUGGAGGAAAAGAAGUAGGUCAUGCCUUGUGUGACCUUGGGGCAAGUAUAAAUCUCAUGUCUUUGUCCAUUUUUAAUCAGUUGGGAGUUGGGGAAGUUCGACCUACCACCAUGACUUUGCAACUAGCGGAUAGGUCCUUGGCAUAUCCAAAAGGAAAAAUUGAAGACAUUUUGGUAAAAGUGGACAAAUUCAUCUUUCCAGCCGACUUUCUAGUGUUAGAUUAUGAAGCCGAUAGGAAUGUUCCGAUCAUCUUAGGAAGACCCUUUCUUGCUACGGGUAGAACAUUGAUUGACGUACAAAAGGGAGAGUUGACCAUAAGAGUGAACGACCAGCAGGUGACUUUCAAUGUGUUUAAAACUCUUAAGUUCAAUGGGAAAAUUGAAGACUGUUCAUCUAUUUACUCAGUAGGUGAAGAUUUAGAUCUAAGUUUGAUCGACUGUGUCCACAGUGGAGACAUUGUGGGCAUGGCAGAAGACAUUUGUGAAGAAGACUUACUUGAGGACAUAGCUGCCUUUGAAUAG